AUGGGUUUGAAGAGGCCUAGCUCCAAGGUGGAAAACAAAGUGGCCAAGAAGCCAGCAGCAAAAGUGACAAAGGUGGCAAAGUUCAAGAAGCCAGCAGCGCAGACUGGGAAGAAGGGAAUUUUGAAGGAAAAGAAGAAAGAAGAGAUUGACAAGGCCCUUGCCAAACUCCCUGCAAAUGAGGCCCAGAGCCUGUGGAAGAAGUUUGAGAAGAAUAGGCAGAUGGCUGGAGCUGACAACUCCUACAAGGAAGCCACCAAAGGAACUGGAAGCCAGGAGAGGAAGCACAAGCUGCUGAGGUCCUUCAUCCUUGAUGGAGGGUCCAUUGCCAAGAACUACAAGGAGGCCAUGCUGGUCUAUGAGAAAACUGAUGAGAAGGGAGGCAUGGUGAAGUUCAACACAUGGAAGCAGCAGGUGGACAAAUAUGGAAAGGCUGAAGCCAUGAGCAGGCUGAAAGCAGGAACAAUGAAGUUUCGCAAGUCACCCACAGACCCAAGGUUCUUCGAGUUUGCUGAUGAAAGUGAAUAUGUCAAGUGGAAGGCCAAGAAAAGCCAGACUGUGGCUUACAAGACUGACAAACACAAGGCUGGAAAAGAUGACUGGCUCAGCAUGGAGAACCUCAACUUGGAAGAUGUUGGGGAUGCCAGCUUUGCCUUAGCUGGCAAUCAACUGGAUGACAUGGAGAUCGAGCCUGAGCUGAAGGACUUCUUCAAUAAGCAGCUCUCUGUCAAAGAUGAUGAGGACAAGGAUACGAAGAAACAGAAGGAAAAGGAAGAGGCCAAGGAGAAGAAGAACAAGUGGGAAGAGAUGAGCAAUGUCAGCAAGGAUGACAACAAAAGCACUUUGCUCAAGAAGCUGCUGGCAUUCAAGGCAGAACUUUGCAAGGAUGAAGGUGCCUUGCAGGAGGCGAAGUUGGAUAUGAAAGGCAAAGCUGGCUGCAAGGAUGAAUUGAAAAUCCUGAGCUCUGCCCUGACAGAAGUGCAGACCUGCCAGAAAAAGAUAGAGAAGGCCAUCAACAGUGGAAGCAAGAAGGAAGAAAGCAAGAAGGCAUUGUUGGAGAGCUUGGCAGCCUUGGAGAAGAGCAAGAAGUGCAAGAAGUUGGUAGCAGGACCACCAAAGAAGAAGGCUAAAAAAGAAGAGGAGGAGGAAGACUGCAAUCACAGCACCAUGGCCAAGAGAAGGAAGAUUUUGUAUGUGAAGGGGGAGGAGACAGCAAACCCCAGGUAUGCACACUGGGUUCUGGACCCCAAUGAAGAUAGCCAGGUGCUGGUACCACCUAGUCCAGAAGUUGUGGAGACUGAAGAAGAAGAAGAAGGGCAAGGACAGGAGGAGAACCCUGCAAGGCCUGCCACUGACUCUGCUGAAGAUGGAAAGCAGGAAAAGAAAGAGGAGCAGCCAGUGGCCACUGUGGUCAGAGUUAAGAAUGCUGAGGGACUUGUGCUGGAGAAAGAGAAAGAUUUACCCGUAAUAUUGCCUGAGGCAUGGGUGGAUACACUGCAGAACAAGAACCUCUUGCAAGAAUUGGCAUGCAGCCAGAAAACUUUGAAGGAGUUCUGGUUGAAACAGGUGGAUUCAUUGCUGGUUGUGUCAAUGAGAUGCGCAAUCUCUGGUGUGGCCAUCAAACAAUCUCAGCUGCUACUGACUUGCCUCCCCAAGAGUGCAGGAACUGCUUCUUCGAUGAAGCCUAUAUGGGAAGCAAUUGCUGGCAGCUUCAAGAAGAUGGCAGAAGCAGGAAAAGGAGUUCUGUUUGUGGUGGCAGGAGAUUUGGAAUGGUUCUCCAGUGACUUUGGGUGGCCCACUGCCAUGAGCAACAACCCAUGCCCAUAUUGCCUUUGUGACAACUACUUUGAGGAGGAGAAGAGCGUGCGGCCAUUUACAGAUUUCAGGAAAGAUGCAACUUGGAAAUCUACUUUGAGGAGUGUGUCAGCACCACCACCAGUAUCACAUCCCUUAUUUGGAGUGCCAGGAACUUCCUUCUGGAGCAUGAAAUUGGAUCUGUUGCACCUUGUAGACCUUGGAGUGGCAUCCCACAUUUAUGGGAACCUCUUGGCAACCAUCGUCAAGAGCCUUCCUAUGGGAAAGAAAAGGGCUUUGGUGGAAGUCAACAAGAUGGUGGCCAUGAGAUAUGAGGAACUUGAAACCCCAGCAGGGGAAAGAAUACCCAGACUCAAUGUGUCAGACAUCUUUGGUGAUGAGUUCCCUUGCCUGAAACAUGUGAAAGGGAGGAGAGUCAGGAAAUUUGCCACUGUGGCGAUACUGUUGGCUGGGACCCUGGCUACAAACACAAAAGGAAAACACAUGGAAGCUUUGUGCAAGGCCAUGGAGGAAGCCUAUGACCUUUGUGACUUGAAGGAGUAUUUUUGGGACAAGAAGGUGGGACAGCAGUUUCAAGAGAAGACUGAGGCAAUCCUAGGACACUAUUCAUGGCUGGCAAAGAAUAGCAUGAAGAGUGCAGAAUGUAUGUGGAGCCUGGUGCAGAAGCACCACCUCAUGGCUCAUUACCCAGCACAGUGCCAAUACUUGGCACCAAGGAGCUGCUGGGCAUAUGGGGGAGAAAGCUUCAUGUCCCUGAUGGUGGCAGUUGCUGGGAGCAGUGUGAAAAGCACACCUGCAUGGAUGCUCCCUUCCAAGGUUCUAGCCAAAUUUGAAUACGCUUUUCACCUGAUGCUGGAAGGGAUUUUUAAUCCAGACCUAGAAGAAAAUGAAGAAGUGUGA